AUGGUCCUUCCAAAGCAUAGAUUCAUAGGUUGGCAAAUUGUGAACAACCAGCUGCUAACGAGAGACAAUCUCAGUCGGUUUUUGUCAAUUUCUUCUCCUUUAUGCCCGGUCUGCUGUAGGGAAAAUGAGUCGCACCAGCAUCUGUUUGUGCACUGCUGUUUUACCCGAAAACUGACUUGUGAGAUUACCAAAUGGUGUGGCCAAUUUGACUGGCCAGACGACUUGAACAGGUGGUUCUCCAAGGCAGCCAACAAUAUGCAGGAAAGCAUUAUCAACACAGUCAUUUUGGCAACCUUGUACACAGUUUGGACAAACAGAAAUAGUUGUAUUUUUGAGCUGAGUUGUAAGACAUUGGAUAAUGUUGAUUAUGUUCGCCAUGAUGUGAACCCAACUGAAGUUGCAAACAUCCAUCGUCUGAAUUCACAGCCUCAACAAUUAGAUGAUUUCAUUGUUGAUGAUGACACCGAGGGUCUAAAUACCGAAGACGAUACCUCCUUAGAAUUAGAGAGUGACAAUGAUGAUAAUGUUGUAUAUGUAACUGAUGAUGAUGAUGAUGAAUUGUAA